CUCGUGAGCGCAGCGGCCGCCGGAGCAGCUCCCGCGGCGGAGCCGGGGCCGGGGACGGAUGGUCAGAGGAGGCCGCCAGCAGCAGCCGCGGACCCGCCUGCCCUCCAGACUAACUGGCACAGUGGAGAAACCACCUCGAAAACGGAAAACCAGGACUGAGUUUGCUCUUAAAGAAAUCAUGUCCUCUGGAGGAGCUGAAGAUGAUAUCCCACAGGGAGAGAGAAAGACAGUCACUGAUUUUUGUUACCUACUGGAUAAAUCUAAGCAGCUGUUCAAUGGGUUAAGAGACUUGCCACAGUAUGGACAAAAGCAGUGGCAGUCCUACUUUGGGCGAACUUUUGAUGUCUAUACCAAACUCUGGAAGUUCCAACAGCAACAUCGUCAAGUCUUGGAUAAUCGGUAUGGCUUGAAGCGGUGGCAGAUAGGGGAAAUUGCUUCCAAGAUUGGACAGCUUUACUACCAUUAUUACCUGCGUACAUCUGAGACCAGCUAUCUGAAUGAGGCCUUUUCCUUCUACUCUGCAAUCAGACAGAGAUCUUAUUACUCUCAAGUCAGUAAAGAGGACAGACCUGAGUUGGUGGUUAAGAAGCUACGGUACUAUGCAAGAUUUAUAGUGGUUUGCCUUCUCCUUAAUAAAAUGGAUGUUGUGAAGGAUCUGGUCAAGGAAUUAUCCGAUGAAAUUGAAGAUUACACUCAUCGCUUUAAUACUGAAGAUCAGGUGGAGUGGAACCUGGUACUUCAGGAGGUUGCAGCCUUUAUCGAGGCAGAUCCAGUCAUGGUUUUAAAUGAUGACAAUACCAUUGUUAUCACAUCUAAUCGAUUGGCUGAAGCAGGGGCCCCCUUGUUGGAGCAAGGGAUGAUUGUAGGACAGUUGACUCUGGCUGAUGCACUCAUUAUUGGCAACUGUAAUAAUCAGGUGAAGUUCAGUGAACUAACGGUUGACAUGUUCCGGAUGUUACAAGCCUUAGAACGAGAGCCAAUGAAUUUAGCUUCACAGAUGAACAAACCUGGAAUGCAGGAAUCUGCUGACAAGCCUGCCCGGCGAGAAAACCCUCAUAAAUAUCUGCUGUACAAACCAACCUUCAGCCAGCUAUAUACAUUUUUAGCAGCUUCUUUUAAGGAGCUGCCAGCCAACAGUGUGCUCCUGAUUUACCUGUCAGCCACUGGAGUUUUUCCCACAGGUCGUUCUGAUAGUGAAGGCCCAUAUGAUUUUGGAGGAGUCCUCACUAAUAGUAAUCGAGAUAUUAUAAAUGGAGAUGCCAUCCACAAACGAAAUCAGACCCAUAAAGAAAUGCACUGCCUUCAUCCUGGAGAUCUCUAUCCUUUUACCAGAAAACCUCUGUUUAUCAUUGUGGACUCAUCUAAUAGUGUUGCAUACAAGAAUUUCACAAACUUGUUCGGACAACCUCUAGUCUGCUUGCUUUCUCCAACAACAUAUCCAAAAGCAUUACAAGAUCAGUCUCAACGUGGUAGCCUCUUCACUCUCUUUCUGAACAAUCCUCUAAUGGCCUUCCUGUUUGUCUCUGGAUUGUCAAGCAUGCGUAGAGGUCUGUGGGAAAAAUGUCAAGAGUACCUUCGAAAAAUCAACCGGGAUAUUGCCCAACUGCUGACCCACUCACGUUCCAUAGAUCAGGCUUUUCUCCAGUUUUUCGGGGAUGAAUUUCUUCGCUUGCUUCUCACCAGAUUUGUCUUCUGUUCAGCUACCAUGAGGAUGCACAAGAUUUUUCGGCAGGAAACCCGAAAUUAUCCAGAAACAUAUCCUCAGCUGCCAAGGGAUGAAACAGUUGAAAACCCUCAUCUUCAGAAGCACAUUUUGGAGCUGGCGUCCAUCCUAGAUGUGCGAAACGUGUUCUUUGAGAAUACUAUAGAUGACUAUUAAUUGAACUCUUGUUGAAACUGUGUUUCAUUAGCCACAGAUUUUAAAUGGUGCAGUUUUUUAAUGUGAUGAUACAUAGUGGCAUUAAAUUUUUAUUUUUAAAUUUAGGACCACCAUUUUACAGACAACUCAAAAUAAUAUUCUUCUGACAGAUAGGGUAACUUUUGUAAUCCAAUCUUUGCGAUCUUUUAAAAGCUAGAAUAACCCUGAAAGUUGUUGUUGUUGUUGUUGUUGUUGUUGUUAUUAGGGGUUGAAGAGUCCCAGCUCCAACAACUGGUCCUAAAUUCAAACACAUAUUCAGUGACCACUCUCACCCAGAGAAGAAUAAAUCAUUUAUUUUUGUAUGAUGAGAAAAAUCCAACAGUGAUAUUUUAUCCUGAAAAGUCUGGAUUUGGAAAAAUAUAGAAUUGUUCACAAAGAUGAACCCAAUCAACGUAGACCAAUACUAGGAAAAACAAAAGCAUAGCCCUUCCAUAACACUUGUUUUCACUCAAUAUCAUUAUUUAAAGAGGGGGAAAAAAAGGCUGAUUCUUUGAGUUUGUAUGAAUUUGUCUCCUUUAAUCAUUCACUUUCUUUAAAUAUUUUCAGAGUUUUAGAUUUCCAUAAUUAAUUUGCUGCUGAGUUUGAAUUUUUCUUGAAAAUUUGAGGUGGUACCUGACAAUGUAUUAGAGUUAUAUGUAUCUUUUUCUGUCAUCACAUGUAUGUAUGUCUUAUUUUCUAGCUUUUCUCAUAUUGCCAGUCAUUUGGGAACCACGUCUAAAAUACUUCAAUAUGAGUAACAAGCCCUCUCUAGCAAAAUGUCAUGCUUAUUGGCUCCAUAGUACAUUGAUGUUGGCAGAAAAAUGCAAAUUUAAACUCUUUAACUAGUAGGACCAAAUUUGUAAACUGAAUUUUUAUCUGUGAUAUCUCUAGCUGCAAGGGUGCAAAUAGAAAAAGAUUGAAGUUUUAAUCAUGUCUGUGCCCAGCUCUAAAUCUGUAUGGUUUCAAAUAUAAGGCUGAAGAUAGGGAAGAAGGGAGAAAAAUGGGAUGAGGGAAAAUUAAUGUUUGGUAUAUAUGGGAUCUUUUGUAUCCACGCACACACUUUUUUUUUUGUGAGGGGGAAGGCUGUUAAAGAGAAUUUGGUUUCCGUCUGUUACAGUUUAUUUGUCUAUUGGCACCAGCAAAGAAUCAACUUUUUUUCCCUCAUUGGGAUUGAAUGGAGCUAUCCUAUUGUAUUCUUUUGAUUGUACUAUAUUCUAAGUCUAAAAGCAGAGGACAGAAAAUCUAUCAGCCAAAAUGCCUAUUAAUAUCAUUAUCUGGAUAGACCUAGUGCUGUCUCCCUCAGCCUAGAAAGAAACAAAUCAAGUGAUUAUUUUUGUUACAUACGCCCUAGGGGAAAAUUUACUUUGGUGUUACCUUGUUUAGAGCCAUGCCAGAGUUUGUUUGUGUUAAUCUGUUUUAGAUUCCUCAGAUAGAAAUUAUAAUUUGCUGGGUUUUUCUUUGAAAUAUUGAAGAUUUAGGUAAUAGUUAUAAAACCUUAGCAUUUUAAAAUGUGCAAAGGUGAAUUAUUUUGAAGAAAGAAUUCAGUGUUUAGUGGAUCCUUUUUCCUUCUCAGAUAAUGAUGGCUUUUUUUAGUAACUGAUUCCAUUUUGUAAUGCUUUUCACCUGGCACUGUGAACUUAGAAACAGGAUGGCAUUGGCCCCUUGAACUCAAUUCAGUGAUUUUUAAAAAAACAAACCAGCUUUUGAGACACAGAUAUCCUUAACACAUUUCCCAUAUUGGCAGGGUUUGAAAGACAGCCUACCCAGAGCAGUGUUCUAUCUGUGGUGUGUAUCUGAAGAACACUAGACUCAGAGCCAGGAGCCUGGACUUCCAGGGCCAGGCCUUUGGUUAGCUUUGAGACAAAUCCUAAAAUCUGAUUUGGAGCUCAAGAGUCAUCUAAUGCAACCCACACCUGAAAAAGAAUUUUCUCUACAAUUUCCCCAACAAGUAGUGAUCUGAUUUUCACUUGAAGACCUCUGGUGACACUGAACCAACUACCUCCCGAGGCAACUCAUCCUGCUUUUGAACUGCUUAUUAGAAAGUUCCUUUCUAUGAAGCCUAAAUCUGUCUCUACAACUUCCAUUUCAUGCUCCUAGUUAUGGGCAGAACAAAACUAAAACCUUGAAGACUGGCCAUCAGGUUCCCCCAAAGAAGUCUCUUCUCCAAGCUAGAUGUCACUCAGAUCCUCAUCUGGCAUGCUCUAACAUCCUCUCACCAUGCCAGUCACCCUCCUGUAGCUGUACUUGUUUGUCAGUAUCCUGCAUAAAAUGUGGUGCCCGGAACUCAAUACAUGCACUGAUCUAUCCAUUCUGCACACUGUGCUGUUUUUAAUGCACUCCAAAGAUUGCAACAUAUUUUUUUUGGUUGCCAUGAUUGACUCACACUGAGCUUUUUCAGUCAUUUCUCCCAGGCCUUGGUUUCUUUUUUUUUUUUUUCAAAAUGGAGUUGUACUAGGUGCUCCAUGAGGUCUCUUCUAGCACUAUAAUUCUAAGAUAUUAGUUACUCAUUUCAAAAGAGAGUGAUUUUCUGAGGAAGCAUUUGUGACCUAAAUGCAUACACACUACCUUUCAUGCUCCAGAAGCAGUCCAAGCCCUGGGUGUGUUAGAAAUCUCCAGCCAGGGUCAAUAACCAAGCAAUAAGAACUGAUUUGUCUUGGCACGCUUGCUCUAACAAAGACUGAUGCACAAUUUUGCUCCUUGGGUUAAGGUAUAGUUUGUUUCUUUGUAGCAGUUGUGUUUUCUCUUUGGUAAUAGUUAAUCUCUAAAUGGAUCUUGAGAGGAAUCAUGAAAAGAAUGGAAACAUACUAAAAACUACUAAAUCAGGGCUCCGCAAAGCAAAUUUCAAGCACAAUAGUUUAUUACUACUAAUUUUCAUAAUAAUUAUAGUAAUAAUGAUAUUUGUAUGGUAUUUUCAAUUAAUUGGUAAUCCCAUUUUAUUCUCAUAACUCUGAGGCAAAUAAGAUAUGUAUUAUUCCUGUUUUCCAAGUAAAGAAACUGGACCCUAGAGUCUUUGAUGCUCAUUUAAAAUCACAAACAUGGUUAGUGAUAGAGCUAGGUCCAAAGCCUAGGACAUGCUAUCACCCCAGCAUUUUUUCCACUAGACUACACACUCCUAUAGUGUCUUUUUGAAAAGUUGUUUGUUGUUGGGGUUUUUUUUGGCAGUUUUUAGCUGUGGCACUUGCUUUAGAAUAUAUGAGGUUUUUUUUUUGUCAAAUUGCACAAAACAUUGUCUUAUUCAAAAACAGUUGGGUGAAAUUGAGAAACUAAAGACUCAGCACACAUGUGCAAGUUUUUGGGUUUUUUUUUUACUUAGGAUUAAAAUGACAUACUUAAAAUUGCAUGGAUUUAUUUUUAGCAGAGCUAUAUUCCUUCUUGAAGUGUAUUUCCUAAAAGGAAGUGGAUACUCUCAAGAACUUGAAGUUAAAAAUCGAAAAAGCACAGCACAUUUGACCUUUUUGUACCUUCCAUAAAUUUUAUGAAACUGAAACAUUUAAAGACUGUAGUUGUAAAAUACCAUGCAGUCCUGAGUCCCAAUCACUUUCUCUCAUAGGAUUCAUUUCUCUUUUUUUCCUUAUGUUUUUAUUCCCUGAAAUAGAUUAGAAGUAUACUGUAUUUGUGUCACACUGAUGGAAGGAGUGCACCUGGUUCGGAGUGGGUCCUGUGGAUAGAUCAGUAAUUGAACUUUCUCAACCAGUUCCUUCCUGCCAGUUAUGCCUUGCUUACUAUGAGUUAGUUAUUUUCUGUCUAGUUGAUUGCCCUUAGAGAGUGGAUUCAAUUGUGUUGACAGUUCCUUGUGAGAGAACUGGCACCAAAGUUGUAUGUAGCCAACACUGAUCAGAAUGAGAUGUGUUCCAUUAAAUUCAACAGAAAUUUAUCAACACUUACUCUGUGUAGCCCAACUCAGUUCCAGAAUUUGAAAGCAUAAUGAGUGCAGGACAGUGAUAGCUGGAGAUGCGUGGCACUUCACUGUAGUUGGUUCCUGCCAUUGCUCCAACAACAGAUUUAGGGUGAACCUAAAUUACUUUGACUUUGAUGUGAAUGAUACUAGGGCUUUCCUAUUAGUUGGUUAUGGCAUGUUGAGUGUGUUUGUAUGUGUGUAUAUGUGUGUGUGCAUUCACGUGUUGGGAAAGUAAGCAGUAUCCUUUUGAGGGACUGUGGUUCUAUGGUUGGCUUUAUUUAUUUUAAAAUCCUUUUUCUUGUAAUGGUAUAUACGUAUAUAUAUUUUUGUGAUGCUUGAUGCAAUCUUGUGAGUGUACAUGUAUGUAUAUGUGUAUAUAUUUGUAAAUACAUUGGUAUGAAAUGACACAGUAUGUGUAUAUUAUAUACAACAUGGCUAUUGUGGCAUGAAUUUAUUUCGUUCAUUGAGGACAUCAGAGUGGCAUCAUCCAUGCUGUUCUCAUACAGGCUAUGGCUGUAUCCCUUUCAAGAGCCUCUAUUUUGAGGGGCUUAUGUUUGGGUCAAUAAUUUGGGAAUUAAAAUUAGAACCUGACAAUCUCAGCAAGAAAGCCGGUCUUUCACAGUUUGGAAAUCAUCAGAAAUUCUCAUUUAAUUUGUUGAUAAAUUUGUGAAAUAAACCUAUGGAGACUGGGUAUAUGAAAUGAAGAUCCAUUUCUUAAGUGGAGGCACGUGCUGGUACUGUAUUAGUCUCUUAUUUCUUGAUCUGGUGUAGGGUAUCACUUUGUACUUAGUAGGUUACCCAUUAGAGACUAAUUAUGGGAGUGUGGAUAACAUGUGAUUUCAUCAUAAACCAAGAUGAAUAGAUGAAUAUGAAAGGUCACCUCUCCUUUAAAAAAGGAAAAAAUAUUUCCCAACUGCACUGAAACCUGAUAGUGGAUUUAAUUUUUUCUUCAUUCCUGUGGUUUGUUUUUUUACCUGUGUGUGUCUUUGUGAGGCAGGGAAAAGGACAUUUGCUAUCUUUAGGCUUCUGCUCUCCUUGAGAUAACCCUAGAAAAAAGUACUUAAGGUAGGUGAGCUGCAAUUUCACCAGUCUGCUUGUUCUGAAGCAAUGCAUUUGUUGGGUGUACCCAUCUUGACAUUUUUCAUUGUAAAUCCUUCUGAUUAGAGUAAAAAUGGCAAUUGAGUACCAAUUUUAAGUUGGUAUUAGGGGUGUUUAGCUGAACCAUGCUAGUCUCCAAUGGUUAGAAAGAAUCAGUGUGAAAGUUAGUUUCUCUAUGAAGGUGUUUGGUACCUUCAUUUGGAUGACAAGCUGAGAGUUGAAACAGGGUCCCCCGUGUGUUACGUGUGUAGUAUCCUACAUACUGCUCUUGAUAACUAGCAGGAACGGAAGAGGAAAAGAAUAGGACUUCAGCAAGAAUAAUGAAUAGCUUUGUGAACUUACACCCAUUUUAGGCCUUGGAAUAUAGUUGGACUUACAGUGUUGAGUUAUUUGGAAGAUACCACCAUCUUUAGAUAGCAUGCAUAUUUGCAUGGAAUAGUUCAAGAGAUGCUCAAUAUUUCUUUUGCAUUUGGGGUGCUUUUGAUGCAGAAAUUAAAGUAAUACUUCCUGCAAAAUAAAACAUCAGUCAACCCUCUUUUCUUGAUUGAGAUGAAAUUUGUUUCCCAAAUUGUCAUCCUUGAUUUUUUUGCUGUGCUAACAGAACAGCCAAAAUUUUGUAACAUUUUCAGUUAUAGAAUAUAAUUGAAAGUGAAGAUUCAAAUACUUAGCAGUUUUUCUUAAUAAAGGAAUUUUAGAAUUUGACAUGCCUGCAAAUUAGUGAAAGUGUCUGUAGUGUUUAAUUCAUAUUUUGUUUCUGUAAGAAAAAGUAAGUCAUUGCAAUUGGAUACCAAAAGAGUGGGUGUUAUUUUAUUUAGCUUCAUGAAAAUGGUACACCUUCUGUAUGGAUUUUAGUUUGAAGACAGUAGCUACAAAAAGUACUGGGUAGGUAGGCUGGUAAUUCCUAUUGUGAUAUAUUCCUUGGCCCAAAAGUUGGAAUGUCAGUUCUUAUUUUGUGCAUUUAGUAGAACACAGAUUUGAAAUCCUAUACCCUUCAAAAAAUAAGUCUGUCUUUUCUAAUUAUAGUUUUCUGUACUUUUAUAAACUGGUACUUUGUAAAUGUAGGUGCUAUCUCCCCAUUUCCUCCCAAAUACGGUGAUUUUUCUUUCCUUUUCACCUGCAUUUGAGUUAAAAACAUGAAACUCAUAAUGUGUCCAGGCUUCAUUAGGGUUUGUAUGCAUAAAACUAUUGUAGGAUGGGGAAGGCUGUAUGUGCGUGUGUGUGUGCACACAGGGGCGCACCCAUGUGCGUACAUAAAUAACAGUCACCUACUGAGAAGCAAGGAAAAGAGUAAUAAGAAAAAUUAUGGGGAAAAUAUCUUUAGGAAAAUAAAAACAUUUUAAAUUAAGUAGGGCUGAUUUUCUGCAUUAUUGAAACAUUUUCUUUGAAACUGUAUAUAUGAAACAUGUUUAUGAUUUUGAUUAUUAUGAUUAUUUUCACUUUUAAAUUGUUGUAUAAUACUGAAUUUAUUAGUGUUUCCAUUUCUAUUUGACAAUGUUACCUGAACACUUGAUUGAAGUAUCAUUUUAAAAUUUCAUAUAUCUUUUCUUUUGAUAUUUUAUCAGUUUGAUAAGCAAUGACAUUUUUAAAACACAAGAUGUUUGCAUAGUAGGGUCUGUUUUUCCUAUAGAUAUAUUACAUUGUGUCUGUUGUAAAAGCCAGAUACAGUUCCUUAAAGCUGUUUUUGAUGUGGGGGCUAAUUUUAAGUAGGGAAUUUUUUCUUCAUUUACUGGACAUGGUUUAUAUCCCAAGAUAGUAACUGGUCUUACACAGAAAGAGUAAAAGACAUUGGGGAUUUUUGGUUCCAAGCUCAUGAAUGAAAAUUUAUAAUUCGGCCCCUUACAAUACUGUACCAUUAUUUUUUUUUUUAGUGGGGGGAGGCAGUUGGGGUUAAGUGACUUGCCCAGGGUCACACAGCUAGUAAGUG